AAAUUAUUCUAUAGAAUAUUUUUUAAUAUAAAAGGUAAUUAAAUUAAUUUAUGGCAUUAAAACAGCAUGAUGCACUGUACCCUUGCUCAACUUAGCAAUCCCCGUGCAUCACACUUGGUACACCCAAAAAAUGUCAGUAUCAGAAAAUAAUAUCAAAAAUACCAGCGGAAUCCUGGAAGAGCUUGAAGAAUAUAUAAAGCUCAAGAUAACUACCAUAAAUGGUUUACUGGAGAUAAGAUCGGAGGCCUCCAUCCCAAAAUAUCAAGGAAUCUUCCAAGAUGUGUGUAACUAUUUUUGUAAGAUAAAUGAAUUUAUUGAAAUAACUAGCAAAACAAUAGACAAAGACCUGUCGCUCGUUAAUACCUUCUCAAAGCUGAAUGUAGCAUAUUUGACACAACGGCGAAACAUUGAACAAAUUAUCGAAAAUCUAAAACUCCAUGGAAUUUCAAACUUGAAUGACGAUUAUUCCAUUCAAGACUUGGCAGGGUUCGGUAAUUCAACGAAGAGCGUAAAUGAUCGGAACAAAUCAUUAAACGAUUUUAAUCACAACAUUAAAAACAGAAAAAUGCUUUGUAAAACUAGUAAAUAAUAU